UCAGCGUUUACGCAACCGCGUGCAUCCCCCCCGCAACCCCCUCCCUGCCUGUAAGCGCCAUCCGCCCGGUGGCGGCCAGUCAGUUCACCUCUCGCCGGGGAGGUGCUGCAGCCCCUCUCUGCUCUGCGCUGCUCUGCGCUCACUACAGCCGGACGCUUCAUUCCGCGCACUUCCCUCUGUCUUUUUACGCAAGUGAACGCAACAAGCCAGCGCGCAUGGAGGCGGGACGCUCUUUAUUUUUCUCUCUUUGGGCUAUGAUGGAGCUUUGAGAGGAAGACGGUUUUGAUCGCGCAGUUGAAUAGACAACAUGCAGGGCGCGCGGUUCUUGCGCCGUGCCAGUGGAUCGAUCGGAGGAGUGGAGUAGGACGGGGGAACCCGCCUGGAUGGAAGUACUUUGUGUGGAUGAAUGUACAUUAUCUUGGCAAGCAAUGGAGAGACUUGCCUUGAAAGGACCCAGCACCUGGUUUUAGGCUCUUUUUGGUGGACUUUUUUAAACCGUGACAAGUCUUUUGGGUCUUCUCCGUCGCCAUGGCCGAGAAGCUUGGACCUGCCGGGUUCAAGCCCGCCAACAUCCUACCCCUUCCUUCCGUGCCGCCGGAACCCAUCGACAUCAUCCGCACCAAAGCCCGUUCCCGCCGAGUCCGUCUGAAUGUCGGCGGUUUAAACCACGAAGUCCUGUGGCGAACUCUGGAUCGGCUACCGAGGACCCGCCUCGGGAAGCUACGGGACUGCAACACGCACGAGUCUCUGAUGGAGGUGUGCGACGACUACAGCCUGAAUGAGAACGAGUACUUCUUUGACCGCCACCCGGGAGCUUUCACCUCUAUCCUGAAUUUUUACCGCACUGGCAAGCUGCACAUGAUGGAGGAGAUGUGCGCCCUUUCAUUCGGCCAGGAGUUAGACUUCUGGGGAAUCGAUGAGAUCUAUCUGGAGUCCUGCUGCCAGGCCCGGUACCACCAGAAAAAGGAGCAAAUGAACGAGGAACUGCGCAGGGAGGCGGAGACCAUGAGGGAACGCGAGGGGGACAGUGAGUUCGACAACACUUGCUGUCCGGAGAAGAGGAAGAAACUGUGGGAUCUUCUAGAGAAGCCUGGUUCUUCUGUGGCUGCCAAGAUUCUAGCAAUCAUAUCCAUCCUGUUCAUCGUUCUCUCCACCAUCGCACUUUCCCUCAACACCUUACCAGAGCUCCAGGAGGUAGAUGAAAAUGGCCAUGCCAAUGACAACCCUCAGCUUGCCCACGUGGAAGCAGUUUGCAUCGCCUGGUUCACCAUGGAAUACCUGCUGCGCUUCCUCUCCUCGCCCAACAAGUGGAAGUUCUUCAAGGGACCACUAAAUGUGAUCGACCUGCUGGCCAUCCUGCCCUACUACGUCACCAUUUUCCUGACCGAGUCCAACAAGAGUGUGCUAAAGUUCCAGAAUGUGCGGCGCGUGGUGCAGAUAUUCCGUAUCAUGAGGAUACUGAGGAUCCUCAAGUUAGCUAGGCACUCCACGGGGCUACAGUCUUUGGGAUUCACAUUGAGACGGAGCUACAACGAGCUAGGGUUACUCAUUUUGUUCCUCGCCAUGGGCAUCAUGAUCUUCUCCAGCUUGGUCUUCUUUGCCGAGAAGGAUGUAGACGCCACCAAGUUCACCAGUAUCCCCGCCUCGUUCUGGUGGGCUACUAUUACCAUGACCACGGUGGGUUACGGGGACAUUUACCCACAGACGUUACCCGGAAAGAUCGUCGGAGGGCUCUGUUGCAUCGCAGGGGUGCUGGUCAUCGCCCUACCCAUUCCUAUCAUUGUGAACAACUUCUCCGAAUUCUACAAAGAACAGAAGCGGCAGGAGAAAGCCAUCAAGAGGCGGGAGGCGUUAGAAAGGGCCAAGCGCAACGGCAGUAUCGUGUCCAUGAAUCUCAAAGAUGCCUUCGCGCGUAGUAUGGAGAUCAUGGAUGUCGUGGUUGAGAAAGGAGAGGAUAAAACCACCAUGGACAACCACCUGUCACCGAGGCGCUGGGGAGGAUCCACCAGGUCAGCCACUUCGGAAACCAACCUCAAGUCGCCAGAUAAGAGGGCCUCCGGAAACGCGGUGGCGGCGCCGAAUUCCCCCCACCGGAUCACCAUCACCACAACCGGGAGUCCGCAGUGGACGAGCCGAACCCCGGAGCACCUCAACGUCCAGAAGUUGGAGGAGCUGUACAACCAGAUGACCAAGUCACAGUCCUUCACAAACCUCCACACGGCUAGCUCUAUUAGCACUCUGAGCACCACCAUUGCCGGUGCAGGCUCGCCUAAAAGAUCCCACAGCCCUGAGCCCACGCUAAAGGAGGAGCUGGAGAUGAAAGAGGUGGACGGAGCCAAGACCAGACACCUCCAGGUGCCUUCGCCUCUCCAUCGGACGGCAGUUCAUCUUUCUUCGGAUGAUUUUUACCAAUCUGUCAACCGAGGUGACGGUUCGGAACUCCAUAUAGAAGAAGGUGAGAGUUUCAGCACCGCCGUGGAGAAUAUUCAGAAAUCUCUCCGCGGGAACAACCCUCUAACAAUCAAGGUGGGAAAGACAUCCACCGAAGGCCCGCCGACGCCCCCUAGCACCACGUCUCCUGGUGACAUCAGCUCCAGCAUUGUAGAGGAAGAGUCGCCAGUAGGAGAGAUGUCGCCUCUCAUGGCCAGCUCAGAGGCUCUUAUCCAAGCCGAAGAGGACGAUGACGAGGCGGGGGAGGCCGGACCGUUGGUAGACACCCCGCCCGGAGACGAGGUCCCGUCUUCGGAGGUAGCAGGUGCUACCGGCGUGCCCCGUUCGCCCAAGACUCAAAACUGUAACCAGGGCGUGUUAGGUCCGGGCGACGGGGAGGUUGAUGAAAGUGGACACAAAGCGGAGAACCACAUUUUCACGCCAGACAUCCACCUGAUACCCGGGGACAGCGGGCUCUCGCCCACCUGCGAGACCAGCAUGUGACUGCAAGAGAGCCUCUUGAGAGACAUUUUUGCAUGGCAUGGCAAGUCCUUUUUACUUGUGUUGUUGUGUACCACCCCAACAAGAAGGAAUCCGUCCACCGGUGGAAACUGUUUCCCCUUGUACAUAAGAGACAACCUCGUUUUCUGAUGCACAGAUAAACUGAUCUGUAAAUACGCAUGCAAGAAAAAGACUCAUCUACGGUGCUUUGUUUGCUGUGUAGAUACUCGGACAUGAGAGGCACUGACAAUGCACGUGACUUAAAAAAAAAAAAAAAAAGACGGUACCAUUGUUAGCAAUGUGAAAAACGAGACAGAACGACCAUUGUAGCGAUCUAUUUAACGAAAAAUAACAUAUCAUCCAUUACCUUUUUGGGAAAAAAGUUCCUGUGAUGAUCAUGUCAUGUUUUUUAUGUGUGUAGGUUUUCAAGUUAAAAUUCUGAGAUUCAGUCACUGUAUUAAUGAGUUAGCAAAAAGAUAUGGUGAUUGUAUAGCUUCCCUUGGUUCCAAAGUAUGACAAAAAUGAUGUUCAUUUAUAUCCUGUUCCUUCAGUUUAUUAAUAUGCACUCUCAAUGCUGUUCUCUCAUUUUGCAAAUCUGUUUUUACCAAAUUUUUACCAUCUUUUUAUUGAUCUGUAACCUUAAUUGACUAAUCUGUUCACUCAGUUUACAAAUCUCUUUCAGUCUCAGUUUAGUGAUUUGUACAUUCAAUUUAGUAAUAGAAACCCUUAUUUUACUCAUUUGUAACUUCAAUUUACUAAUCUGUUCCCUCAAUUUACUAAUUUGUUGCCUUGAUUUAGUAAUUUGUUCCCUCAGUUUACUCAUUUGUUCACUCAAUUGCCUAAUUUUUUCCUCAAUUUAGUAAUCUGUUCCUCAAAUUACCAAUCUGUUCCAACAGUUUAGUGAUUAGAGCCUUCAAUUUUGUAACAUGUACGUUCAAUUUUCUCAUCUGUAACCUCAAUUUACUAAUCUGUUCCCUCAGUUUAGCCAACUGUUCCCUCAAUUUACUAAACUGUUCCCUCAAAUUAAUAAUCUCUUCCUUCAUAUUAGUAAUUUGUUCCUUUAGUUUAGGAUUAUAACCGCAUUUUAGUCUGUUGUAACGUCAAUCGACUAACCUGUUCGCUCAAUUCACAAAUCUGUUCCCUCAUUUAGCAAUCUGCUCCCACAGUUCAGUGAUUCGAACCUUCAAUUUUAUAACAUUUACCCACUUUUCUAAACUGUAACCUCAAUUUAAUCAUCUGUAACUUAAAUUCACUAAUCUGUUCCCUCAGUUUAGCCAUCCGUUCCCUCAAUUUAAUAAUCUCUUGAUUCAGAUUAGUAAUUUGUACCUUUAGUUUAGUAUUAUACUUUAGGUUAGUCAGUUGUAACCUCAAUCUUCUAACCUGUUUGCUCAAUUUACUAAUCUGUUCCCUCAAUUUACUAAUUUGUUGCCUUGAUUUAGUAAUUUGUUCCCUCAGUUUACUCAUUUGUUCACUCAAUUGCCUAAUUUUUUCCUCAAUUUACUCAUCUGUAACCUCAAUUUACUAUUCUGUUCCCUCAGGUUAGCAAUCUGUUCUGUCAGUCUACUAAACUGUUCCCUCAAUUUUUUAAUCACUUCCUUUAGAUUAGUAAUUUGCACCUUUGUUUUAGUAGUAUACCUCAGUUUAGUCAAUUGUAACCUCAAUCUACUAACCUGUUCGCUCAAUUUACAAAUCUGUUCCUUCAAUUUAGUAAUCUGUUCCUCAAUUUAGUCAUUUGAAACUUCACUCUAGUAAUAUGUACCCUCAAUUUAUUAUCAUUGGAUUGGAUUAUUAUUUUUCUCGUAUUUUAGCACAAGGGGGGAAUUAUGCAUGAUUAUAACUGGUUUUGGCUGGUGACCUACUAGUAGGAACCCUUGUCUCACAAAAACAAGCACUUAUAAAUCCAAAUAUUGGUAGUGAAAAAUAGUAUUUCUGAUUAAAGCCUGAUCUGUACAUUUUUUUUUCAAUGAUAAACAUUCUACAACCUGGAUUAUGCACUGUAAAACAAAAAACAAACAAAAAAAAAACAUCUCUUUUAGCCGUACGCAUUAUUUUAUUACCAGAAAUAAAUCUCACGUACUCUCUGUUGUAUUAACUUAAAUGAAAAGUUCAUUGUUAAAUAAAGUAGUUUUAGAUUGGUUGUAGGAUUUGGACAAAUUCUAGUAAUUCAACAGUAGAUUGAGAGCCAUCAAAAUGUAUUAUUAAUAAGACUAUGAUACUGUAUAUGACUCCUAUAUGCUUCACAGUAUAAAUGAACCUAGUUUGGCAAUGAAAGUAUAAAUAUUCCUACAAAUAUCAGCGGACCAAACCGAGCACAAGGAUAAGCUUACGACUAAUACACUAAUAUAGGAUAUAUAAUUAUAGCAAUGUAGCUAUAGUUUACUUAACCCUCCUGUUUAUGUUGUGGGUCAAAUUGAUCCAUUUUAAAAUAGUUUUUCUGUAUGAAACAUCCUCUUCUUGGCUUAAUGAUGUAAUAUUAACCAUAUUUAUUGGGACUUUUCCUCUUUUUUGGAAACUUCUGGAUUAUUAAAAUUCUGAUUUUUGCUGUUCUAGAAAAACAAGCAUAACAGGAGGGUUAUAUUUUAGCUCAACAAUUAAUAUUUACGUGUACAUUUUUAAUUUAUUGAGUGUUUUUACACUGACAGAGGAUGUCUUGUUGCCUUUCAAUUCCAAUUUUUGGCUGGAAUAUUUUUUUGUGUGUGCACAAAAUGCAUGUUUGUAUUUGUAAUUUAUUUAAAAUUGUCAUUUUUGUUUGUCACGAACUAGAAAGAGAGAAGGAAAAUGCGGAAUGUACGAUAUAUAUUGUAUAAUAUUAGGUUUAUUAUAUAAUAUAUACAAUAUACCGCGUCGACUACUGCAAAAACUAUGCAGGCCAAGAAUUGUGGCACUUUAUUUUCUUCUGUCUACGGGAGAUUUGUAGUGUACAGACAGACAAAUGACGUAUUUUUCCAAUGUUCUAUCUUUAAUAUGAGGCAAAAACAGUAUUACACCAACACCAAAAAGGAGAAUUUGCCAUCCAAAUACAGUGCCCUCCAUAAUUAUUGGCACCCCUGAAAAAGAUGUUUUUUAGCUUCUAAUAUUUUUUUUAAUUC